GCUUGUAAAACACCCUGGAGAGAAAAUGGCGGCAGCAACGGCUUCGGCGCCUCAACAGCUCUCGGAUGAGGAGCUUUUCUCUCAGCUCCGCCGUUACGGCCUGUCUCCUGGCCCAGUGACGGAGAGCACCCGCCCGGUCUACCUCAAGAAGCUGAAGAAGCUUCGAGAGGAAGAGCAGCAGCAGCACCGGUCCGGGGGCCGCAGCACCAAGACGCGGAACAGUAAUAACAAUAACACGGCAACCGCCACGGUCGCCGCCGCGGCAGCAGCGGCGGCGGCCGUGGGGAUGGGGGUCCGGCAGGUCUCAGGCGACCUCUCCUACUUACGGACUCCUGGAGGCUUGGGCCGGAUCUCGGCUUCUGGCCCGGAGAGCCCCUUGGGAGGGCCCGGGGGCGCCUCGGCCGCCCCCACGGCUGGCAGCAAAGUACUGCUGGGCUUCAGCUCGGACGAGUCGGACGUGGAGGCCAGUCCCCGGGACCAGGCCGGCGGCGGCGGCGGCGGCGGCGGCUGCGGCGGCGGGAGGAAAGACCGGGCUCCGCUCCAGUAUCGCGGGCUCAAACCGACGUCGGCGCCCCUGGCCUCCAGCGAGGUGACUAACAGCAACUCGGCCGAGAGGAGGAAGCCCCACUCGUGGUGGGGGGCCAGGAGGCCGGCGGCUGCCGAGCUGCAGAGCCCGUCGGGGAGAGAUGGGGCGGCGGAUGACGGGGAGCAGGAGGGAGAGGACGGCGAGGAUAGGGACCCGGAGGCCGAGGAGCCGCUGUGGUCCGGCCGGACCGUGAAUGGCAGCCGGCUUCUCCCCUACAGCUGCCGGGAGAAUUAUUCGGACUCGGAAGAAGAGGAGGACGACGACGUGGCCUCCAGCAGACAGGUAUUGAAGGACGACUCCCUUUCCCGGCAUCGGCCCAGGCGGGGCCAUAGUAAGCCUCUCUCUCCCCUGCCUGCGAAAUCGGCCGGCGGCCGACUGGAGACCUCAGUUCAGGGAGGGGGAGGAAUCGCGAUGAAUGACAGGGCGGCGGCCGCUGGGAGUCUAGACAGGAGCCGAAACGUCGAAGAGUCGUCGUCGUUGGCGGCGGCGGCGGCGGAGCAGGGAGGAGGGUUUGAUCCCCCGGACUCCAGCCCCAUUCCUAGAUACCGCGUUAACGCUAAGAAACUGGCCCCUCUCCUGCAGCCACCGCUCGCGGACGUGGACUCAACCUUGGAUUCGUCCACAGGCUCCCUUCUUAAAACCAAUAAUCAUAUCGGCGGUGUGGCCUUCGGCGUGGACUCCCCCAGGAUUUUUUCCAACAGCCUCCCUCCCAGUGCGGCGGUGGCCGCCUCUGGUUCACUCAGGAUCAAUCACUCCAAUCAUACGGGCUCCAAUCAUACCUACCUGAAGAACACAUAUAACAAACCGAAGCUUUCCGAACCUGAGGAGGAACUUCUCCAGCAAUUUAAACGGGAGGAGGUGUCCCCAACUGGGGGUUUCAGUGCCCACUACUUGUCGAUGUUUCUCUUAACUGCUGCCUGCCUAUUUUUCCUCAUAUUGGGACUGACUUACCUAGGAAUGAGAGGGACAGGAGUCUCCGAGGAUGGAGGACUCAGCAUAAAAAACCCCUUUGAUGAAACAUUUGGAAACAUAAAAGAAAGUGAGAAAAAUCAUAUGAUGAACACUUUAUACAAGCUUCAUGAUCGAUUGGCACAGCUUGCAGGAGAUCAUGAAUGUGGCAGUUCUAGUCAGAGAACACUUUCUGUCCAAGAGGCAGCUGCAUAUUUGAAAGAUUUAGGUCCUGAAUAUGAAGAUACAUUUAACAUCUCAUUGCAGUGGAUUUUGGAAAAUGGAAAAGAUGUUGGAAUAAGGUGUGUUGGCUAUGGCCCUGAGGAAGAAUUGACAGAUAUAGUUGAUGUACAGUUUUUGCAAUCCACAAGACCACAGAUGUCCUUCUGGUGUCGUUUUCGACGUGCUUUUAUUACUGUCACCCACAGGUUAUUGUUGUUAUGCUUAGGUGUAGUGAUGGUUUGCGUUGUUCUGCGUUACAUGAAAUAUCGCUGGACAAAAGAGGAAGAAGAAACAAGGCAGAUGUAUGAUAUGGUGGUAAAGAUUAUAGAUGUUUUACGAAGUCAUAAUGAAGCUUGCCAGGAAAAUAAAGAUUUACAGCCUUACAUGCCUAUUCCCCAUGUGCGAAAUUCCUUAAUACAGCCUCACGACAGGAGAAAAAUGAAGAAAGUCUGGGAUAGAGCUGUUGACUUCCUUGCUGCUAAUGAGUCUAGAGUUCGCACGGAAACACGAAGAAUAGGUGGUGCAGAUUUUCUAGUUUGGCGGUGGAUCCAGCCUUCUGCAUCCUGUGACAAAAUAUUAGUAAUACCUUCUAAAGUGUGGCAAGGUCAAGCAUUUCAUUUAGAUAGAAGAAAUUCACCACCAAAUAGUUUGACGCCAUGUCUAAAGAUUCGAAAUAUGUUUGAUCCAGUUAUGGAAAUAGGGGAUCAGUGGCAUUUGGCAAUUCAAGAAGCAAUUUUAGAAAAAUGCAGUGAUAAUGAUGGCAUUGUUCACAUUGCAGUAGACAAAAAUUCACGUGAGGGUUGUGUAUAUGUUAAAUGUCUGUCUCCAGAAUAUGCUGGGAAAGCUUUUAAGGCAUUGCAUGGCUCUUGGUUUGAUGGGAAAUUGGUUACAGUAAAAUAUUUACGACUAGAUAGAUAUCACCAUCGCUUUCCCCAAGCUCUUACUUGCAACACUCCCUUGAAGCCAUCAAAUAAACAUAUGAACUCUAUGUCUCAUCUUCGUCUUCGGACUGGCCUAGCCAAUUCUCAAGGAGGUUCCUGAAAAGACUUUCUUCCACUCCUAGGACUGUUCUUUACAAUAGGAAAAUUCCUGUUUGGCUUCGUCUCCCUUUUUAAAUGCUUUUUGUAUGUAAUAUUUUUAUUGAGUACAGAUCUGUUUGAACGUUCCAGAAAUCUUAAGGUUCCAAAGGGACUUAGCAGUGAAGCAGCAAUGCUGAGUAGAUAGAAUAAUUGUUUCAUUCAGUUUUUGGAGCUCAGUUAAGCCAAUGCACUUAAAGUUUUGCAUGAGGAACAUUGACCUUAUUAAGCAUUUUCAGAUGUGGUGGUUGUUAAUUUUGCACCAAGAAGUGUUUGGAUAACCACACAAAAGCAUGGUGAAAAGGCUUCUUGUAUUUCCGUAAUUUCCUGUAAACUAAUGUUGUGAAUUUUUGUAUACAGUCACCUACAUAGUUCCUUACAGGCUAAUGUGGUAAAACUGUUAAUUUCCCAAUUUAAUCUUAGGUUUCUAUUGCUUGUAAGAGAUUCAUUUGCUAUAGCUGGAAUAUGGGAAAAUCAAUCUGGGUUUAGUGGUUACAUAUAAGUAUAAGUGGAUGUACAUGUACUUAAACUGGCUUUUGUAUAUAUGUAUAAAUGCUGGUGAUGGCGAAAGUAGUCUUGUUUUGUGAGGAUAUCUGCAUUAAAGCAGUAAAAUAAGCUUCCUAUUUUAUUCAUAAUCUAAUGUAUAUAUAUAUGUAUGUGUAUAUAUGUGUGUAUGUAUAUAUAUAUGUAUGUGUAUAUGUGUAUAUAUACACACACAUAUAUACAUAUGGCUGUACUAUCAUAUAGAUCAAACAGCCAAACACCUGGAAGUAUUAGAUAAAAGUUUAAAAUAUCUUUUAUAGGUUUUAUAUAAAAAUGUCUGAGUAUGAUAUUGUGUGAAAGUUCUGAUACCAGUUGUAAGGGAUUCAAAUUUAUGUGAGCAAUAAAAAAGCAAUUGGCAGACAUUGGAAAAGUAUUUUGUGAAAAGCUGUAUUUAUUAUAAAUACUAGGGCUAUGACAUAGUACCAUUGGGAUUAAGUCAUUUUCCCAAUCUAUUUAUAAUUUAAUGAGAUGUUAGCUUCCCUGUUGUAUGUCAGGUUUAAAGCAGGGCACAUUGUUGCAGCAAAAUGUGUAUUUGAGAAAUUAUACUUGCAAUUUUGGGUCAUGAAAGUUUGCAGUAUAGUAAAUGCAGGAGUGAUGGUUGCUUUGUGCCUCAGUAUUUGUUUCAGUGAAGUUACCUUAUUACUGUUUAUGAUUUCAGAUUAAAAUAGUUACGGAGCAAAGUUUACUUGUAAUGUAACAAUUGGCUUUUUAAAAAUAACAUGUUGAUAUGUCAUUGUCAGUCCAAAUGAAUAUGUGAAACAGCUGGAAUUGUACCAAUUUUGAUUUUGUUUAAAGCUCAGUUUUCUUUUUUUUUUUUAAUUGUAUAUGUGUUGGGUUUGCAGCAUGAACUUGCACAGUUAAUGCACGUUUUCUGGUUAAGUAAACAUGAUGCACACUGUUCUGUAACAGAAAACCCUAUUGUGCCUUACCUAUGUGCUUUUGUGGGCACCAUGUUUAUGAAGAAUAAAAAAUGAUUUGUUAUCUGAAGAGAAUAAAUUUUAAAUUCUCAGUUUAUGUCUCAGAUGCUAAAGUGUGAAAAAAUAUAUAUAAUAUAUAAAAUAACUAAUCUUUCUGUAUUUUAUGUGCAUCACAGUGAUUUAUCUGUGCUUAGUGACCCCAUCUUGUGACCUGUUAUAAGAGUGAAUGUAAAAAAUAGUUGUGGCAUUUUAAGAGGUCGCCUUUUGAUGCAGAUGCAUCUUUUUCUUGCUUCUAAAACAUAUUCCAUGUAAACAUUGUACAUUUAUUAUUGUAAUAUAUACUUUUAUGCAGCUUAUUUUACCUGAAACUGUUAAGCCGACCAAGAUCCCUCCCUGCAAGACAGAUGGGAAUGUGUAUAAUAACUAGAUAUUUGAGAAGUUCUGAAGUUUGAUGUAAUCUGUUACUUGUCCUGUUUAAAAAAAGGAAAAAAUUCUAAUUAAAAAUUUAUUAGGUUUUUUUUUUAAAUGCGUCUUGGCUUUAAAAAAUUUUUUUUAAGUGCCCUGUGUCUUUAUUUUAUUUUAUAUUUUUUACCAGUGAAAAUAGAUGCCUUUAUUUUUAAUCUUUUUUGGUAUCUGUAAAUAUAUGUAUGAUUAUAAAAAUGGAUGAAGACCCUGAAGUUAAUUUUAACCAUCCAUUCCUCAGCAUCUUUUCUUUAUGAAAAUGUCUUUGUCUAACUUUCAAGUGUUUGGCUUAAAGUGGGGCAAGAAUGUAAAUCAGAUGUAUCACUAAAGCACUACUUAGUUUAGCUAGACUUUUUUUUUUUGGCUGCGUUGGGUCUUUGUUGCCGCACGUAGGCUUUUUCUAGUUGUGGCAAGCGGGGGCUACUCUUUGUAGCGGUGCACGGGCUUCUCAUUGCAGUGGCUUCUCUUGUUGCGGAGCAUGGGCUCUAGGCAGGUGGGCUUCAGUAAUUGCAGCACGUGGGCUCAGUAGUUGCGGCACAUGGGCCCUAGAGUGUGCAUGCUUCAGUAGUUGUGGUGCGUGGGCUCAGUAGUUGCAGUGCGCAGGCUCUAGGGCACGUGGGCUUCAGUAUUUGUGGCUCCUGGGCCCUAGAGCACAAGCUCAGUAGUUGUGGCGCAUGGGCUUUGUUGCCCCAUGGCAUGUGGGAUCUUUCCGGGCCAGGGAUUGAACCUAUGUCCCCUGCAUUGGCAGGUGGCUUCUUAACCACUGUGCCACCAGGGAAAUCCCAGCUAGACAUUUUUUCAUAGCAAGACUUUCUCAAAGGAAGCCAUUCUUUUACACAUUCUAGCUCAAACUCCUUAUCAUAAAAAAAUAGUUUAUGGGCUAGCUACUUUGAGUAGCAUGGGUUUCGAUUUUUCGAUGGUUUAAUCAACUAAAAAGAUGACUUAGUUGGUAGACUUUUAUUGGUUGCUAACAAAUGUCAGACACUGUUACACAUUAGGGAUGCAAAGAUGAAAAAGACAUGGCACAGUCUUCAAGAUGGUCACAAUUUAGAGAACCUAGGGCAGCUAAGUUAAAAGAUAGUGUGGAAAAUAUAGUGAGAGAAGAAAGCAGAAUAAAUUCUGGGAGAUUAGGGCUUCCCUGAUGGCGCAGUGGUUAAGAAUCCGCCUGCUAAUGCAGAAGACAUGGGUUCAAGCCCUGGUCCGGGAAGAUCCCACAUGCUGCGGAGCAACUAAGCCCAUGCGCCACAACUCCUGAGCCUGCUCUCUAGAGCCCGUGUGCCACAACUACUGAAGCACGCAUGCCUAGAGCCCUGCUCCGCAACAAGAGAAGCCACCGCAAUGAGAAGCCUGCGCACUGCAACAAAGAGUAGUCUUCACUCGCUGCAAUUAGAGAAAGCCCGCGGGCAGCAACAAAGACCCAAAAAUUAAUUAAUUAAUUAAUUUUAAAAAAAUUCUGGGAGAUUAGAGAGGUUGCUUAUGCAUCUUAAUAGAUUGAGAAGACAUCAGGGCAGAUGAGGUAAAAUUUAUCAGACACUUCUUAAUUAGUAUAGGUACAAUGGUAAGUCUCUUUUCCUGUGAGCUCUCAGGGAAGCUUCUGUUCUUGUGAUGAGCUCAUAAAAAUUAAUGUGUUGAAACCUGAGUUAUUAUAAAAUCCAUUUUCAUGCUCAUUGGUCAGUAGAAACCUGAAUAUCUUGUGAAUAUAGAAGCCUGAUAUUGCACUUUGUUAUAUUUUCCUUGUGUGGAUGACAAGUUGUGAUUUCCAAGUGAACAGUGUCUUGAUAUAUCAUGUGCCCAGAACAUUUCCUUUAAUAAGAUUGACCUUGCAAUUCUCAUUCCCUGCUCCUAGUGACAUUACAUUACUGCAGGUCAUCUACAUGGCUUCUUUGCCCUUUUUUCCUAGACUUAUCUCGGCAAGUCACUUCUUCCAGAUGACUCAACAAAAGAUGCUAAAUCAAGCAGAAUUUUGGCAGCCACUCAUUUGGAAAGGAUGCUCAAGAACAGGUACUUAACUGAAAAUUAGAAACCAGAAGUUGUGCUUUAAAGAAACUGAAUGUCCAUAAUGCUCAUUCUACUGGUCUAGUGAGCAUAACUAGCUACUGCCUUUAAGCCCCACUGGAGAAACUUUAUGACUAGGAAUACAUCCUGAUGGUAGAUUUCUGUACCCAAGAACCUCUACCAGGGGCAGCAGGAUAGACUGAUUUUGUUGAUUCUUGGACUUUAAUGCCAGUAGAACCUGAGUACUUAGAUUUACCGUUUCUUCCAUGGGUAGACAUUGGAGACCUGCACAUGCUCCUUAAAAUUGGAAAGAAGUCUGUCUGGGCAUAGAGAGCACAUGAAAAAAGAUCGAUGAGAAACAACCUAGUGCAUGUAUAAACUACAAGCAAUUUCUUAUGGUUGAAUUACUCAGUACAAGACAAUAGAGACAGGAAAGGUAGGUAAUGAUCAGUUCAUGGAAAGCUUUGUAGGUCACAUUCUGAAGUUUGGAUGUGGGUUGUUAAAGGGAGAUCAGGUGAGGAUUUGUUGGGAUGAAAAAUGGAGAAAGGAUUUGAAAAAUAGAGAUAAAAUGGGAAGGACUUGAUUAAUUGGAUAUUGAUAGAGAAAUUGAUGUCCAGUUUUCUAAUAUAGGAACUCUAACCAUCCCAACAUUUGGAGAAUAGGUGAUAAGUAACAAAUUGGAUGGGAAAAAUGAUAAACUGAAUUUUUGGAUACUUUGAGAUUGGGAUGGAAUAUUCAUCCAUCCCAGUAUUCAGGUGGAUGUUUCUAGUAGGUGAUUGGAUUUCCAGUUCUGAGGUAUUUUGAGAAAAAUCUGAGCUGGAGACACAAUUUGGGAGUUAAAACCACAGAGGUGAAUCAGAUGACCCAGAGAGAGAGAGUCCAUAUAGAGACAGAAAUUUAGUUUAAUCCUAAUUCUGCCAUAUUUAGCUAUGUGGGCCUUAGGUGGAGGUUUGGGUUGGGGUGAAGUAUUAAGAAAAUUUCAAAACAAAUUAAGAAGGUGGAAUUUGAAAAGGUCUUUGAAUGGGGUGAAGUUGAAGUAGAAAUUUAGUAUGACUAUCACAUUUCUGGCUUGGGCAACUGGUUAGAUGGUGGUGACAUUCCCUAAAUUAUGGAUGGGUGGUUGGCGGGAGCCAGAUGCUAGUCAGAGUGCUAGAUAAGACUUCCCAGAAUUGCAAAUGUUAGGCAAAAUAAUCCUUCUGACUUUUAUUUUUCUGUUGUAGGACAUUGUUGGAGGAUGAGUGAUAGGGGACAGUCUUUGAGAAUCUCUCUCCAAAAAAACAGAACUGUUAACUUACAUAAUGUUCUAGCAUUGUCUAUGAUUCUCUGGUAUUCGUUAGAAACUUUCCUGAUUUGUAGAAAAUGAGACGUUGUGUAGAUCUGUAAAC